AUGUACAAUUUGCGACAUGCUGAAUCGGACUUGCCCCAAAUGAAAAGAAGACAAAUGGAGGAAGUUCAUGAAUUCAAAGAACUUCAAGAUGAAGGAAGAAGUGAACAAUUACAGUGUCAUCAGUGUGCGUUUGAUACCAGUUGCCCUAAUACAUGUGUUCAAAAUGCUAACAUCCAUGAGAAAGAUAAAAGGCAUUAUUGCUGUGAAGAAUGUAACUUCAUGGCAGUAACAGAAGAGGAAUUGGAAUGCCAUCGAGGCAUUGCCCAUGGAGCAGUGGUAAAAUGCCUUGCUGUCAAUUCUGAUAAAGAGCAGAGAAAAUCACCACAGAAGACUUUGAUAAAAGACUCAAUCAUAGAAUCAUCCACAAAGUCAGCUUCCUACAUGGGUAGGAUGUGUCAUUUCUCUACUUCAGCCAGAAGUGUUUUAAAAAGGCACAUGGAAUACUUAAAUUCAUCAUCAUGUGUUGAUUCAUUUGGUAGUUCUCUUGGACUUGAUAAAGAAAAAAAUGACAUCCUUGAAGAACCUAAAGAUGUUGAUGGUACUAAGCCAUUAGUUCAACAACAGUCAACCACAUUUCCAAAGAACUCUCCUCUAAAACAAGAUGUGAAGCAAACAUUUGGAUCAAGCUUACAAUCAAAUAAUUUUUCAAAACUCCAUAAGUAUCCACAGGGAAUACAAAAAACUCAUAAAAGUGUUGCCCAGUCAGGUGUAAAUAUGUACAAUCAAAACAACUCUCCUCACAAGACUGCUAUGAGUAAAACCAGCAUUAACCAAAAACCUAAGUAUUUUCAUCAGGCAGCAAAAGACAUAUCAAAUGCCAAGGCAGAUAGCAACUAUUUAUAUAGACACACAUAUGAAAACUAUGGAAUGAUAAAACUAUCAGACCCUGUUAACCUUGACACCAAAAAGCCAGAAAGCUUCAAAGACCAUAGGAGUGCAGCUGUAGAAAGAGUACUUAAAGAAUGUAUGGAAGAGACUUGUAUCGGAGGGGAAGACUUGGAUAACCAUUCAGUUUUUUUGCACAAGAUGACUGUUGCUGCUUUGCAAAACCUUAAUUCUGCAAAGAAAUAUAGUUUUAUAACAGAAGAUGAAACUUCCUGCGACAAAGUUGAGCUAGGUAACUACACUAGACAGGCCAUAAAAAAUGAAGCCUAUAAUAUGAUUAAUAAAGAUGAUGUGAAACUAUUCCCUCAAUUUAAAAUUGAGGUAGAAAAACAAAAGCCUGGAGAAAAUGCUGCCUUUAGUUAUGAUCAAAAUGAUGACUUUAAUUGCGAACAUUAUGAAGAUGCUGCAACUAAUAACUUUUUGCAGAAUAUUUAUGACCCUCAGCAUUUAAAAAAUACAGAAACUUCAUUAUCAAAUCAUAAUUCUGUUUCUCAUUGGACUGAUUUGUCUCUUAAGAAGGAAUUGGGCCCUUAUUGUCCAACGACAUUUGAAAAAGAUAUAGGGUUGUCAAGUCACGUCCAAGAUCAUCUUCAUCAAGCAUGGUUAAGCUAUAAAGACGGUCCUGUUGCAUCACCAGAACAAAUAUCCAAAAGUGACAAGAUGCCACAUUUUAAAAGAAUAGGGCCACCUGUUACGCAAGUUAGAAAAGCUAUACUGAGCUCUGAAUCCACUUCCACACAUACCUGUCUACACUGUGGAGAUUGGUUUCAUUCUAAAAUUGGGCUGUCAAAUCAUGUUAGAGGACACUUGAGAAGACUUGGAAAAACCAAAUGGGAUGCUCACAAAUCUCCAAUCUGUGAUCUGAAUGAGAUGAUCCAAAAUGAAGAAACAGAAGAAAUAACCUUAGAGUCAUCAAACACCAGUCAUCUUAUUCCUAGAUCAUUUGUGGCUCAAAAACUUCCCUCAAAUGAAGACUUUCUAUAUCAAAAUGUUAUACCUCAUGGAGCAUACUCUAAUAGUCUAAAAUAUCUAUCAGCGUCUGCACCAGAAGAAAAAGGACCUAUUUUCUUAAAUGAAUAUGAUGAACCAAAACCAGAACUGCCCUGUGGAAAAAGGAAUCAAUCUCUUGAACCUAUAAAAUGUCCUAAAAAUAAAAGAAUACGAAAAGAAAUAAAGUCUGCUAUUUCUGUUCCAAAGACAACGGGAAGAAAAAGUCUUGUUCAUAGAUGUGUUCCUCCGCUAAGUAAAGAUAGUACAUUCAAGUAUUGCCCCAAAAAAGUGAAAACGAAGGCCCGCUCGGCUUUAAAAUGUAAGGGAAAGAAAUCAAAGCCAAGAUUUGGAAGAAAGAACAAAACACUAUCAUUAACUGAAGAAAUGGAAGACAUUUACAUUUUCCGAUGCAGGUUUUGUGACCUAGCUUUUCGCGGACCAAUGUCUAUUCAGGAGGAGUGGAUUAAGCACUUACGACGACACACUGUAAACAUUACUAUUCCCGGUACUGGAGCAGCCAUGGUGGAAGUCAGAUUCCCACAUUAAAGGCCUGCCUCCAUUACAGAAGCUUCAUUUUCUCUACUAGUGGCAGAAGCAGCUUCAUAG